UAUUUAUUUUUUUCUUUCUUCUUAUCCUGCUUGUUUACAAAAGAUGUCCAACGUUGGGAAAAUUCGUUUAAAAACAUUUUCAGAACUUCAAGCUACCGCAAAUAUAAAUAACAGAAUAGAUACGAAUGAGGCUAAACCAACGGAAGACAAUGGAAAAGGCACACCGGAUAAAAAAAGCCCGCGAAAAAGUCGUGUGGCCACAACAGCCAGGAAAUCCACGAAAAAAGAGGGAAAUGUUGGAGUAAUCACAGUCAGCAGCACUGUAAAGCGUUCCUCCAAAAAGACGCCCUUACCCGGCCAGAUGCGCAUAGAUGCUUUCUUUAAAAGCUCUGCUAAGAACUACAAAGUGGAAACACCACUUCCUCCAAUUUCAUCAUCAAAGAAAACAUCUCCACCAGUUGUGAAACGGAAAGCACCUGGAGGUGCCAAAGGACGCAAACGACUUUUCGAAGAUUCGACUACAACAUCUUCCACAACCAGCGACCACAACCCUCCACAAAAGCGAGUACCGAUGGGAAGAGCUGCAAAGGGCAAGGAGAAUCUCUCAGAACUAGAUGUUAUAGAUCUAUGUUCAGAAGACGGCGACGAACUGACAAUCAAAGAGGAAGAAACUACGCCUAGUCCAGUAAAAGUAACAAAAAAAGAUGCAACUCCCACACAAAAAUCUCAUUCAGGCGUUUUAAAGCUCACUACGCCAGAAUCAAGUGAUUACUCCAUUUCCACGUAUGGCAUAGAUAGCAAUCUGUCCAAUUCAGAAACAAGUCAAGAAUUAGCAAAACGAAAACCAAAAGAAAUUCAAAAACCAAGAACACCUCCCUCCACUACCUCGAAAAGAAUUAAAAAACCAGGAACAACACCCGCCACAAACUCAAAACAAAGAAAGCCAAAACCAUGUCCUCCUUACAAAGUAGUCGAAGGAACAACGUUCUGUGUGGAUGGAUUUCAGUUUGGUGAUGUGGCUGGAGUGACGCAUUACUUUCUUACCCACUUCCAUGCGGAUCAUUAUAUUGGCCUAACGAAAAAGUUCUCCCAUCCCCUCUAUAUGAGUCCUGUUACGGCCCGACUCGUGAGACUUUUCAUAAAAGUCGAUGAGAAAUACAUUCAUGAAAUUGACGUAGAUCAAACGAUAAUGGUUGAUAAUGUGGAAGUGACUGCCAUUGACGCCAAUCAUUGCCCAGGAGCUGUCAUGUUCUAUUUUAAACUACGUUCUGGAGAAUGUAUUCUGCACACUGGAGAUUUUCGGGCUUGCGCUGAAAUGGAGUCCCUGCCUAUUUUUUGGAAUCACACCACUAUAGACCUCCUUUAUUUGGAUACAACGUAUUUAAACAAAAAUUAUAAUUUUUGCCACCAAUCAGAGAGUGUUGACCGAGCUUUGCAAUUGGUUGGCACUUUUAUAGAGAAAAAUCCUUUCAAGCGAAUACUGAUUGUUUGCGGCUCCUACGUAAUCGGCAAGGAAAAGAUUUGGCUAGCCCUUGCCGAGGCUUAUUCGCUGAAAGUAUGGACUGAACGAUCCCGUAGCGAUGCCAUCAGUUGCUUGGGUUGGGAUGAUUUGCAGGUUUUACUCACAGAUGAUCCGUCUAACGCAAACUUACACGUUAUACCCAUGGGAAAAGUCAGUUACCCGUGCCUUGUAGAAUAUUUUGCGCAAUAUGAGGACCAAUACGAUAUGUUGCUGGGAAUAAGACCAAGUGGCUGGGAGAAAAAUAGUAAGCCUUCCUUUGGGAAAAAGAUCAGCACGAUUGGCAUUGAAUACUCGGAGCAUUCCAGUUACAAAGAACUAGAACGCUUCGUACGCUUCUUGAAGCCAAAACGAGUCAUCAGUACUGUACCUGUUGGUCGCGAUCUUUUCGUGACAGGAGAUGUGCCCGUAAAAUGGUAUCAGUACCAAGGUCCGGCCUCAAUGUUAAGCACAGGAUUUCAGCGGUCUAUAUCCACAUUCCUCACCACACCUAAACGAGUUGUUCCGAAGGCAUCUGAGAGUGAGAUGAUUGUAAGUCCGUUGAGCCAAUGCCGCUCAGAACAUGGUGAGGAUCCAAUGGAAUGCGUGUCUAUUGCUUCUGAACAAACGUGUGGAUCUGAAAACACAAAAUUAAAAAGUAGCCCUAUACCUGAAAAAGUGCACUUAUCUCAAGAACUGGAUACAAAAACCGAAGGUGCCAUUAACACCGCCAUCAAAGGUAGCCAAGAGGUUAUUGAAAUUACAGAUAGCCCCAAAAAGGCAGCGUUAGUUAGAAGAUUAACAUCGGACGCUACCGAUGAUUGGCUGUCCUAAUCAUAGCAUUACGCCUUGUUGUCUAAUUCUAUGUAACUACCUAAAUUUAAGAAUGUUGCAGAAUGUAAUGGUAGUUUUAAGGAUAUCGUUAAGAAUAGGGGUGGGAUUCUGCAUGUUUUCAGUUGAUCUGUGAAAAAAUUUAAAGACAGUUUUUUGUUUUGCAUAUCCAUUUGUUUUUUCAUGUUAAUACAAUGAUUUUGAUAUAUACACACAGUUUAAUAAUAUAUAUUAUAUAUAUUUUCUUUUAUAUUUUGAUGAAUAGGGCUUUCUUACACGUACUCCUUAACGCCAACUAGUUCGGUGUGCCGGAUGCUCCGUAAUUUCUACAAUAAAUUAAAUUAGUGUAUGAGGGGAAA